AUGUCUCGAAUUUCUGGCCAUGAUCAUGGUCUACCAAAAAACAAGAGGUCACAUCAAGCCAAGAAUCAUAUUGGUGCAAGGAUGUUUUGUUGCAAAAAGCCCCCGAAGGCUGAAGAUGAAGGAAAUGAGUUAGUUCAUCACCAAAGGGCGCAUAAGAAGAACAUUGUUUUAGAUAAAUGCAAGGAGAGUUCUACAAAAUAUGUGUUUCAAAUCAGUCAAGAUGAUAGAGCUUAUCUGUGCCCAGAUAUUGGCACCAACAUGAACAGUGCUAGAAAUCAAAGAAUCUACCAAAAUGCAAAUGAAUCUUUGGCAAGAAAGCUUCCCAAAUAUGACUUCCCUGUUUCAAUGGUCAAUGUAACACCUGGAACACACCAAGUCAUGUCUAAAGAAGUCAUUAACAUAAAUGGGAAAGAAGAAAUCAGGUUGAUUAAUGAUACUACAUUUGUCUUUGCCAGAUCCAAACAUUUUGUAGGAAGCUCUGGCACUGUUUGGGCUAGUGAACUUAUGGCAAUCAGAAAUGAAGAGCCUCGAUUAUUUGAAGCUGAUGAACCACAAGACUAUCAGAGAAAGAGAUUCAGAGCAUUGAUGUACAAUCUCAAAGAUAAUGUUUUGCUUUAUUCAGAUGCUACUAACAUGAAGGAUGUGGAAAAUAUUACCAGCGGUUCCUCAUGUAAAUUCAGGAAUUACGAGCAGAACAGAUUACAGUCACUUCAACGAUGUGUGGAGGAAACUGUAGACUACUAUGGAGUACCAAAGAGAAAGUUUCAAUGA